UGACAGUGGGAAGUACAGUCUGCGUGCAGCCAGCGCGAGGAAAACACCAACUAAAAAUGCUGGAUGGCUGGACACAAUACGUGUUCGAAUGAGUACUGACCAUGCAGCACUUUGGAACAAAUGACAGAGGAUUAUACCUGCAGAAGAUGCCAGCAGCUCCUCAUCCAUCUAUUCAGAUUAGUUUUGAGUCUCAACAGAUGCUGUGGACUGUUUAAUCUCCAAUGGAUUCCUAGAGUUGUUCCAAGAGAAUCAUUGUCAGUGAAAUUUCUCUGUGGUAGCGGGGGCCAGCAUGUGGCCCCCCGACCUCGGGCCUCCAGAUGUGCAGCUGACUCUUCCUGGUUUUGGGAGUGUGUUUGAGAAUGCUGAGGAUCUACAGGCGCCGCUGUCCUCUGGUGGCUUCUGCCAGCCAUCAAUCCAUUCAGGGGGCCUGUGCUGUCUUUCCAGGACGUCUCUGUCCCUGUCCUCACUGAGAUGCGACCUCACCUCCCUGCUCAACUGUAAGACAGCUGGACCCCAUGUAGAAAACAAUGUGGAGGACUUUGCCAUCAAAGCUCAAACAGAACCCAAAAACAGCCCUCAGAGGUUUGGCUCUCAUCCUCCACCCUCACUUCCUGUUCCCUACAUGCUUACCAGCUGUGCCACAUCUCCAUCUUUUCCCUCUCAACCUUUCUCGCUUUCCUGUUCUUCUUCAUCUUUGACUCUUAUCUCUCACUUGCCUCAUCCUGAUGACCACAACAGAGUGUCUCAGCAACUGCACAACCUACAUGAGGAGUAUCGCUCUAUUAAACAAGAGCCUGUAGAUGAUUUCUUACUGUGUAAAAGGGAACCGUGUCAAAUGAACCAACAUCAGGGAGAGCUGCUCCACAUUGACCAGUCUCUUCAGGGUUGCAUUGAUCAGGACAGCACCCAGUCUCCCCUUCACUCUCCCAGGCUCAACACACCAGCGGGACAGGACUCCACACUGGACCAGCAGGAGCAGUCAUGUCACUGGAUUGACUGCAGCGCCACCUACAGCAGCCAGGAGGAGCUGGUCCGGCACAUUGAGAAGGAGCACAUUGACCAGCGCAAAGGAGAAGAGUUUGCGUGUUUCUGGACCGGCUGCAUCCGUCAACACAAACCCUUCAACGCUCGCUACAAGUUGCUCAUCCACAUGAGGGUCCAUUCGGGGGAAAAACCCAAUAAAUGCAUGUUUGAGGGCUGCUCCAAAGCCUUCUCACGGCUGGAGAACCUGAAGAUUCACCUGAGGAGCCACACCGGAGAGAAACCAUACAUCUGUCAGCACCCUGGCUGCCUCAAAGCCUUCAGCAACUCCAGCGACCGAGCCAAACACCAGCGCACGCACCUGGAUACGAAGCCGUACGCCUGUCAGAUACCAGGAUGCACCAAACGUUACACUGAUCCCAGCUCAUUACGAAAGCACGUCAAGGCUCAUACUUCAAAAGGCCUGCAGGAAAAGGAGAUCAAGGCUAAACUGCAUACGGCACUGGAAUCGGACAUCUUGACAGAUUGCUUGGCGAGGCAGCAUCUCCACAGCUCAGCACCUUCCCACCAAGAAAACAGCUCACCAUUACACACCUUAGAUGACUUCACAGGUUUGUACUCAAACACCACCACCACCCACAACAGGGGGAAUCCAGAGUUUCUGCCUCCAGCAGCAGACACCUGCUCCAGGUAUCCAGGCCUGGAGGGAAACUUUGAUGCCAAUAGUCCAAUAUCUUCAUUAACAAGCCCAGGCAGCAUGAGAGAAGGGCACAGACCAGCAUCUCUAUUUGAGUCAGAGGACGUCAGCCCUGUGAGUUCCUCCUCAGAUAGGUGUGAAAUCCAGCUGCAGGCUUUCCAGAAAACUUACCACCACCAGCAGCCAGUGUUCUCGCAGCAGCAGCAAGACUGUCUGUAUGGAGAAGGGAAGGUGGUUCCUCCAGUCAGCGAUGGAAGCUUGGAACCUGCCAGUUACUUCCCAAACCUGCCCACCUCUCACUCUGCAGGGUUUGACUUGGUGCAGGACCUGCAGGGCCAGGCGGGGGGUGGUUACUCCAUGUCUGCCUGUCCAGACGACAGCUUCCUCUUCCAGGCAGGAGGCAUCGACCACUGUCUCAGUCAGAUCUACUCCAUCUACCUUGACUCAUGAUGGCAAACUAAAGCAAAAACAAACUAAAGCACUUCCAUAAAAACUGAGCAAAAUACAGCAUGAAGGAUGUGAGACAGUCGCAUCUACAACAUGCUUCAUGUUUCAGGAUGAAUUUAUCAUCAUUGUUCCUCCAAGCAAAUAUAAGAUGCCAAUGGGAAUUUUAACAGUGGAAAAAAAAGGAGAUAGGAAAGUGUGGGCAAACUGUCAAAUAUGAAUGACCAAACAGGAGUUUUCUUAACAAUACAGAUGUAAAUAGCAGUGAAUUUCAUAUUCAGAGAUGACCGUGGCAUUUGUGAUCUGGAUCGAAUGAGCUUUACACUUUAUAUUUUUCAUCUAUUUCAAUGUCAAACUCAACCAAAGAUGUUAUUUCUGCCUCCACAAGUCAAUUUGCACUUUAAUGCAGUGCCUCCAAUCCUGGGGUAAAUAAAAAAAAUGUCUCACCAGACAUAUAAAAAACAAAGCAACACAGUCAGAUUUUACUAUUUGGCUCCCAACAUCAUCUCAAAUGAGACAAUCUAUGAAGUGUUAAAGGAGCUCCUCACCAGAAAUGUAAAAGAGUAGAUGGUAAGUAAGUUCACUUUAAGCCACAAAUCUCUGAAACCAUGAUUCUAUAAUGCAAAGUUUGAGUAUAAGUUAGGCUUUUUGGGGGAUACAUUCACUUUCUGUUUGGACAAGUGAUGCAUAAGAAGUUAAACGCUACUUGUGAGCAACUGCUGCAAAAUGGUUAACUUAAAUUAGCAUAGAGAGUGAAAACAGGCAGCAUAGUUGGCAAAAACAAGCAAGCUGCACCAGUUGUAAAAUUUACUAAAGUUCCUGUUGCACAUCACAAAACAUCCAUUAGUCCUUGAUAGCAUCUGCUAUUUAUCUUAGGAGGGGAUGAGUACCAUUCAUGUUUAUAUCAAGGUAAAAUGACCAUAGCUCAUAGGUAUUAAUACAUUCCAGCAAAGAGCUGCUUUCUGGUUGGCACAAUGCUUCCAACCAACAUUUUGGGAAAGUCCAGAACAUGUUUCUACCUACUGGAGGAAGUUUGGAAAACUGGUUCAAUUCAAAGCUGCCUAAAUUAUUAUGCAAAGCUAACCAUCUUUAGCUUCUUUUAAAUCCCCCCCAAAAAAACAGAGUGUUUCUGAGAUAAAUUUCUUCUGAGAUCACAAAGUGAGUUUAUUAGAAGCCAAAUAGCCUUGUUUGUUAACAACUAAGUGCACUAAAAUGACAUUGAGCAACCACCAAGUUCUUGUUUCUGGAGCUGAAACUGGAGCAGAAAACUGGAGCAAUGCUACUCCCGAAUGUCUGAACGACUCUACAGAAGUACUCUAAGAAGGUAUGGUACAAAGAAACUGAAAAACCAAACAAGGAAAAAGAAAAACUGCACUAGACGUACAUUAAAAAUGGCUGAUUUUUUUCUCUCUCUAUCUUGCUUCCGCAUGCUGCCUUUACAUGUUUGUUGUACACCUUCUGUCUGUGUUAUAUUCAGUGAAAGCAAUACAUGUGUGACCUUUAAAAUGACUUUGCUGCACCUUUUCUGUCUCAUUGUGAAGCCUUUCAGAAAAUAGCAAAACAGAAAAUGUUUACAUUGUUUUUGUAGCAGUUCAGAAAUUAUUGUCACUGAACAAUGUAUAGACUGUAUAAAAAUGCAUCAGUCUUUUAUAUCUAAAUAAAAAUCUGUAUUUUUCAUUUUUAA